AUGGAUGCUAUUCGGGAGAAUGCCCAAGAAGAGAGUCGGCUGUUUUCCAUGCUCCCCGCCGAAAUCAGAGCUUCCGUCUUUGAGUUGGCUUUGACAUGCGACGACAAUCUCUCAAAGCCAUACCGAGCCGAUCGAAUUUACCACCGACCCGGCUACCAUUAUCACCAAAAGAUCCACUGCUCGUUGCUUCAAACGUGCAAACGCAUCUAUCGCGAGGCCCGCCUGCUGCCCGUCUCGGCCAAUGAGCAUAUAUUUUGGCUCUUUAAUGGUCCAUGGAAGUCUAUAGGCCGAAUCAAUCGCAAUACGGCGAGAUGGUCCAGCUGGUAUCGGUCACUCCACCGAGAACAGCAGAAGGCCGUACAAGUCAUCCAUAUCUUUGCCCAACAAUACUUCUUGGAAGGUCUCGGUUCUCGUCCUCAGCUCGAAGGGUUUUCUUUCGGAACGAGGCUUUUCCAUCUUACUCUGCGCCAUUCUGACUGGUGGUCGUGGGAAUCCCCCGUGGAGUCAAAUGAUCGUUUGGGAAUUUGCCCAUGGCGAGAGAAUCGGACAUCAUGUCAGCAGAUGCUUGCUGAGCCAGCACAACCGAGUCUCAGCUACAUCAAAGCGCGAAUGAUUCCGUCUACAUGGGGGGGACAGAUAUGUCGAAUCCAGGGCCUGAGGGAGUUGAAGAUGGAGUUUGAGACCAGCGAGGUCAAACGGUCACAGCUGCAGGUAGUGGUGGAACGAGCCAAACACUGGAAGUUUCCCUUGGCUGGUGAGAAUUUCGUCCUCGAGUGGAUUGGAGAGUUGAAAGAGUCUUCUUGGGAAGGCCUGUUGAAUCUGAAGGACGAUUACCAGGUGUUGCGGGAACAGCCUAUUAGCGAGGACGCGCCCAAGCAGAAAUAUUAUGUGGUCAGGAUGGUCUGGAGAGCGUCCUCAGCAACACCGGAGCAACUAGAGGAUCUCGAAGACUCGAGAUAG